AUUCACACAUCGUCUCCCAAGGUUGCAACUGUUCAUAUAAAUCGUCCCGUGUUCUCGCCGGCGAUGAUAGAGCCUCAGUCUCUCCGGAUCGAUACAGGUGUAGUGGUAGGUUCUCGGGGCGCGUGGCUGAGUGUGGAAUCUUGGAAGGCUCCGAAGCCGUGACUGCGUGAUUCGCAGCUCGAUCGUCUACGUUGAUCUCACCUUCACUCGCUCCGUCUUCCAUCUCGGUCUCUUUCACCUUCACACUCUAGCGACCGGGCCGCCCGGUGAAGGCCUGGGGGACCUUCACUCACUUCCCACUGAGGUACUUAUACCUACGUUCGCUUUUCAAUACCCAACCGGCCAUCCGCAACCCCUAACCACAACCACCAACCGGUUCCUCUCAUCCCCCCCGCCAUGGAUGGCAUCUUCGGUUCGCUACCUCCCCCGGAGCCCACUACUCAGGAUCUGGAAGAUCAUAUUGCUAUGGUCGAAUUUGAGAUGGCAACGCUUGAUCCUCGUGACCCCCGCUACCCCGGAUACCAGCGCUACCUUCAUGAACUUCGCGAAUGGUUACGUCUUACGCAGAGUUGGGCUACGCCGCCGUUGUUCCCUGCGUAUCCGACAUCGUCUUCCCGCAUGCCCUCUGCAGGAGGUCCGGCCCAAGGAAAUGGAUGGCCCGACACAACGCCUUCAAGCGGAGCGAACAUGUAUGGACAACAUCAGGUAUCCCAAGCUCGGUGGAGCGCUGCCAGUAGUUCAAAUCCCACCACGCAAGCAGGUAACGCUGGCGCAUUUCCGGCACAGCCUUCGCCCAUACCCAUUAUCGAUUUGACCCAGGAUGACGCGCCUCUGUUCUCGCCAAUGGUCGACUCAUUCAGAGAUCCUUUUCCAGAGCUGACGCAAGCAUUCUCUGCAAAUGGGCCUUCGAGCAAUCCAGGAUGGCGGUUUCCUGGCGACGAGGAUGGCUUACUUCCUCCUCUUAGUCAAGCAACUGGUACACCCGCCAAUGCGUUCAAUCCAAAUGCUUCAUAUAUGGGUCUCGAUGAGUUGAGCCAAUUCCUCGGUCAGCCAAACGUACCCCUUUUCCCUCCGGGCAAUCAAGCGAUGGUCCCACCAACAAGCUUCGUGGACCUAACGGGACCUGACUAUGACGCCCACUCACCUGUGGAGGAAAACCCAGAACAGAUUCAGGAUAUCAUCAACAACAUUCAGCCUGACGUCAAUGUUCCACGGGAAUUGCGAGACAGGACGCCACCCCAGAUGUCUUGCUCGUUGAUGGAACACCAGAAGCUCGCGUUGAUGUGGCUCAAAAAGGCGGAAGAGAGCCCACACAAGGGCGGCAUCUUGGCCGAUGAGAUGGGUCUAGGGAAAACCAUCGAAGCUAUCUCUCUUAUCGUAGCGAGACCUUCCCGAGACCAUAUACGUAAAACCACUCUUGUCGUGGCUCCCGUUGCUUUGAUGCGGCAAUGGGAGAAAGAGAUUGAGCGACAUGUUCGCCCAGAGCAUAGGCUGGAGGUCCAUGUGUACCAUGACAGAGGGAAGAAUGCAGACUUUGCGAGGCUGCGACGAUUCGAUGUGGUUCUUACAACUUACGGUGCCCUGGCCUCUGAAUUGACCCAGCUGGAAUCGGAGCGUGAGAAUUCGAACAAUCAUAGGCGGCCAGGCCGAAAGCUCGCGCUUCUUGGACCAGAGAGCCACUGGUACCGUGUCAUUCUUGACGAGGCACAGUGGAUCAAAAACAAACAGACGAAGAUGUCCAGGGCGGCUGACAAGCUCAAAGCUGAUUAUCGCCUUUGCAUGACAGGAACGCCCAUGAUGAACUCCUUGGACGAAUUAUAUCCGCUCAUCCGCUUCCUUGGAAUCAAGCCAUACAACGUCUGGACCAAGUUCAAUAUGGAAAUCAGCAAGCCCGUCAAGGACAGGAACAAGGAGACUCAGGCAAAGGCUUUGAGACGAGCCCAGGCAUUACUGAAAUCGAUGAUGCUUCGCCGGCAGAAAACUACCAUCAUCGAUGGGAAGGAGAUAUGCUCUAUACCGCCAAAGGAAAUCCAUCAUCACGCCGUCCCCUUCAGUAAGGACGAGCUUGAGCUCUACCGCGCAAUUGAGACCCAGUCCCAAGUCGACUUCAACAGAUACUUGCAAAGCGGCGCAACUGGGAUCACUGUUUAUGCGCAGAUUCUUCUGCGGCUUCUGCGCCUCCGCCAGGCUUGUUGCCAUCCGCAUCUGAUCAAAGAUCUCGGAGCUCAGGUUGCUACUGCACGCAUGUCCGAGGAAGAGUUGUUGAAUCGAGCACGGCAGCUCUCCGCGGAUGCCACACACCGCCUAAUGAACGAGGAUAGUUUUCAAUGUCCAAUCUGCCUGGACAGUGUCCUGAAUCCUACCAUUCUCAUUCCAUGUGGGCACACCUGUUGCGGGGAGUGCUUCCAGAAGCUUACUGAUCCUGCGUACGGCCCCUCGAACAGCGACGGAGAAGGCGGCGUCAGAUGCCCGUCUUGUAGAGGCCCUUCGAGCGCCAACAUGAUCACAGACUAUAAACACUUCUGUCGAGUGUUCUGUCCUGAAAAACUACUCACAUACCCUGAACUCUACGAUUCCGAUGUGGACGAUUCUGAUGAUGACGACGAUGCCGACGACGUGGUUGAGGAAGAUGAUGAGGGUUCGGAUUUAGGCGGGUUCAUUGUUCCUGACGAUGAAUGCAACGAAGACAACGAUGAUGAGAUUCAGAUGCAUGCAGAGCCGUCGACUGGGCGACGCAAAACUGGAAAAGGGAAGAAACGCGCGAAGCCAAAGCUGACGCUGGCUCAACUCAAGCACGCGUCACAAAAGAACGCUGCCGCAAAGAGGGCCUACCUCCAGCGUCUUCGCAAGCAGUAUCAGUCGUCCUCCAAGAUCGAUAAGACUCUGGAGCUCGUCUCCCAGAUCCACAAUCACGAUCCGACGGAGAAGAUACUCAUCUUCAGCCAGUUCUCGUCGCUGCUUGACCUUGUCGAAGUGCCGCUGGAAGCCGCAGGGUACCGGUACCAGCGUUACGAUGGGAGCAUGACCAUGGACAAUCGAGCCCAAGCCGUGAACGAGUUCAUGGAUGAUCCCAACCAGAAUAUCAUGCUCAUCUCCCUCAAGGCCGGCAACGCGGGUCUGAACCUGAAUAAGGCCUCGCAAGUGAUCAUCCUCGAUCCCUUCUGGAACCCGUACAUUGAGGACCAGGCAGUGGACCGCGCCCAUCGCAUGCCGCAGAAGCGAGUGGUACACGUGCACCGACUGCUGGUCCCGGACACGGUGGAAGACCGUAUCAUCGAGUUGCAAGAGAAGAAGCGCGAGAUGAUUGACGCAGCGCUCGACGAGUCUGAGGGUCGGAAAAUUACGGGGCUGGGAAGGAGGGAGCUCAUGUACCUGUUUGGUAUGGGCAAUCGUCCUUUCUGAGGGGAGUGCCUGAUGGAUGGAGCCUGUUUGCGACGAGAAGAGAUCCCCAAAUGGCGGGGACUCAUGGAAUUGAUGUGGAGGGGAUGAGGUGUUACGUUACGUUACGGAAGGGAAGGGCUGGGUUCAGCUGGUUCAUGGUUGUCAGACAUUCUCUCUCUGUAUUAUGUAGGUAUGGCGUUCGCAGACGGCGGCGUUAAGGGCAAUACCCCCGUCUCUUACCGCUCUGAUUCUCUUCGAAUGGCUAGAUAUUUCCGGCAAGAUAAUCAAAAAAGAAUAUUAUGCACGC